GUUUUAUUCCGAUUUCUCUUGAUCAGUGAUGUAACUAUAAAUCCGAUCCCCACUUACAUGCUCGCUGCGCACCUUUUCACCACCAUUGCCGUUGAAGGAUCGGCAGCCAUGUCCACCGUCGCGGUGCCGAGCCUGCCGCCGACGGCCUCCGAGGACGCCGAGAGCUUGAGGAAGGCGCUCCAAGGAUGGCGAGCGGACAAGGCUUCUUUGAUCGGGAUCCUGUGCCGGCGGACGGCGUCGCAGCGGGCGGCGAUACGGCGCGCCUACGCCUUCCUCUACCGGGAGCCCCUGCUCAACUGCUUCCGCUACAAGCUCUCGCGACACCACCUCCUCUCCGUCGAUUUCUGGAAAGCGCUGAUCUUGUGGACGAUGGAUCCGGCUGAAAGAGACGCAAAUCUGGUGCACGAGGCGGUGAAGAAGAAGGAUGAAAUCUACAUCCUGGUGCUGAUCGAAGUGUCGUGCGCGUCCACCCCAGAUCAUCUGAUGGCCGUCAGGGACAUCUACCGGAAACUAUUCAGUUGCUCCAUCGAAGAAGAUGUCGCAUCUUCUCCUGCGCUCCAAGAACCUCUGAAGAAGAUGCUGGUGAGCCUUGUGAGCUCCUACCGCUACGCCGGAGAGCAUGUCGACAUGGACGUGGCCAAGCUGGAGGCGGCUCAGCUGUCAGAAGCCAUCAGAGAGAAGCAACUGCAGAGAGACGAGGUCGUACGGAUCAUCAGCACUCGCAGCAAGUCUCAGCUCAGAGCGACGUUUCAACAGUACAAGGAGGAUCAUGGAACAGACAUAGGCGAGGAUAUCAACGGGCAAUGCAGCAGCCAGUUCGGCAGGAUGCUGAAGAGCGCCGUCUGGUGCUUGACCUCACCUGAGAAGCACUUCGCACAGGUGAUCAGGUACUCCAUCUUGGGGCUGGGGACGUACGAGGACUUGCUCACCAGGGUAAUCGUGUCGCGGGCGGAGAUUGACAUGAAGCAGAUCAAGCAGGAGUACAAGGCGAGGUACAAGAGCGCCGUGACCCUCGACGUCGCCGGCGACACCUCCUUCGGCUAUAGGGACAUGUUGCUGGCCUUGGUAGGGAGUGAGGACUGACAACUGGAGUGUCCCAACAGUCUACGCACCUCCUUCUUGAGCGCAAAAAAAAAAAAAGACUGGUCCUCAAAUUUAUUGGGUUGUGUCAUUUAGCUCCUUUUGUUAUCAAAAUACAAAUCUAGCUCUCAAACUUAGUUUCGGGUGAAACUAGAUCUCUGUACUAUCAAAAUGCAUUUUCACAUUUUACCAUUAUACUUUAUUGGUGGGGUGUUUAAUAUUACUAGGCAAUUAUGCU